AUGAGGUUUACCGCUGGCCAUGCUGUCGUCGCUCUUAUCGGUGUGAGCAAUGCUCUGCCUCAAUACGGCGUUGCCCCAUCCCCGGCAAUCAACGCUUGUGCUUCUGCCUCGACCGUUACUGCAACUGUAGUGGCGCCUUUGGGCCAGUCCAGCCCAGGUACCGGUUACUCAGCAGGAGGUGGCCAGUCUGGCCAGCCUACUACGCCACCUGCCGAGUCCACCAGCUCGCCCGAUGCUCCUGAGGAGAAUUCUCCCGAGUAUGGCAGCGGUGAUGAUACAUCUGACUCGCCCGACGCUCCUGAGGACUCUUCUCCCGAAUAUGGUAGCGGUGGUGAUGCAACAUCCGCCACACCUGAUUAUCCAGAAACCACUUCCUCGCCUGUCGGCGGUGGAGCUGGAGGUUCCGGUUCAAUCGGCGGUGGAGCGGGUGCAGGAGGCUCUGUCGGCGGUGGUGUUGGUGCUGGAGGAUCCGUUGGCGGUGGUGCUGGCGGUGAAGCAGGUGCUGGAGGAUCCGUUGGCGGUGGUGCCGGUGGAGACGCUUCCGGCUCCAUUGGAGGUGCUGUAGGAGGUGGUCUUGACCUCGGUGGUCUCAUCAGCGGUCUCCUCGGUGGACACGCCGGCGCUGGUGUUGGUGCAGGUGCAGGACUAGGAGCUGGUCUCAUCGGCGACCUUACCGGCUUCCUUUCCGGAGGCGGACAUCUCGAUAGCUCUGGACAUCUCGACAUCGGCGGCGCCAUUGACAGCAUCAAGGGCGUUAUUUCUGGCCUUCCCGGCGGUGCAGACCUCGGAAAGAUCUGCGACGAACUCAAGGGAGCUCUCAGCGGUUCGGGCCACGUCGACCUGAAUGGCUUGGUUGCUGGUCUCGAAGGCCUUCUUUCUGGAUCUGGCAAGCUCGAUCUAGGCGCAUCCCUUGGUAUCAAUGUCGACACUCUCAUUGCUGGUCUCAAGGGUCUCCUCACUGGGGAGGCUCACAUCGAUAUCGGCGCUACUCUUGAUCAGCUCGAGGCCUACCUGUCCGCUACCUUGGGUGGCUCGAUCAGCGCCGAGCUGAAAGGCUGCAUUGAUGGACUCAAGGGUCUUCUUACUGGUUCCGGAUCUGCUCAGCUUGACAUCAACGGCCUUCUUGACCUUCUCACUAGCUUCCUUAGCGGAUCUAUUGACCUGAACGGCUUCAUCUCUGGAUGCGUUGGACUCACUGGCGGAUCUGAUUUCAUCGAUCUGUGCAACCAGCUCUACGGCAUCCUUGGAGGCCUUGGUCUUGACUUGCAUGGCAUACUUGCGCAGCUCACUGGCGUUCUGAGUGGUGUUGCUAGCGGAUCUGUGAGCGCUGGUGGUUCUCUCCUUGGUCAAGGAUCUCUCGACCUGAAUGGUCUUCUUGGUCUCAUUCCCGGACUUGGCGCUGGACUGAGCGGUAGUGUUGGAGCCGGAGGAAGUGUCAGCGGCGGUGCUUCAGGCUCGGGAUCAGUCGGUGCUGGUGUCGGAGUUGGGGCUGGAGCUGGAGCUGAAGCCGGAGUCGGUGGACACGCAUCUCUUGGCGGCAGCGUUUCUGGUGAAGGAUCGGGUCACGCAGGACUUGACGCAGGAGUCAGCGGAAAUGGUCAAGCCGGAGUUAGUGCAGGGGCUGUUGUCAACGGAAACGCAGGAGUGAACGCAAAGGUCGGUGGUGGUGGCAGUCUGGGUGGCUGGUUCUCAGGUUUGUUCGGAGGCAGCCAUUAG